AUGGCUCCACAAUCUCUACGUUUCUUCUGCUUUGUGGAUUUCCCUCAUUCAAGAUGGAAAACCUCGACAAUUCAAAGAGAUCUUCUAGAGCAACUUGGACUCACCGUCAACAUCACCGCUGAAUUUUGCUUCUACGUAGUAUUGAAGGUAUUCACUCAUAAUCAAUUUCCCUCAUGA